UUCCUCCUCCGGCUCCGGCCCCGCGCGCGCGGCUGUACUGCACCCGCGUCCGCCGGCUCCUCCUCCGCCCUCCGCUCGCCGCGCGCCGCCGGCCGGGCAAGAUGCCGGGGGCCGUCAUCGUGCACCACCACACGCGGUACAAGACGUACCCCGGCGAGGUCACCGGCUUCGUCUUCUUCUGCUGCCUCGUCGCCUCCCUCGGCGGCUGCAUCUUCGGCUACGACAUCGGCCUCACCGCCGGGCUGACGUCGACGGAGUCAUUCCUGGCCAUGUUCUUCCCGGUGAUCUUCGAGCAGCAGAAGGAGCGGGUGAUCACCAACCAGUACUGCAAGUUCGACAGCCAGGAGCUCACGCUCUUCGGCUCCUCCCUCUUCCUCUCCGCCAUGGUCGCCGCCUUCUUCGCCUCGCCGAUGGCCCGCGCGUUCGGCCGCAAGUGGACGCUGUUCGUCGCCGCCGUCGCCUACAUCGUCGGCGCCGUCUUCGGGGCACUUGCCGCCAACUUCGUCGUGCUCAUCACCGGCCGCCUCCUGCUCGGCGUCGGCGUCGGCCUGUGCAUCCACGCGUCGCCGCUGUACAUCUCGGAGAUGGCGCCGGCGCAGCAGCGGGGGAUGCUGAACAUCCUGUUCCAGCUGAUGAUCACGGUGGGGAUCCUGUCGGCGAGCCUGACGAACUACUGGACGUCGAAGAUCACCGGCGGGUGGGGCUGGCGGGUGGGGCUGGCGUUCGGCACGGUGCCGGCGGCCCUCAUCGCGCUGGGGUCGCUGGCCAUCCCGGACACGCCCAUCUCCCUCAUCGUGCGCGGCGACGGCGAGAUGGCCCGCGCGACGCUGGCCAAGAUCCGCGGCGUCGACGACGUGCGCGCCGAGUUCGAGGACCUGACGACGGCGAGCGAGGAGAGCAAGGCGGUGGCGCACCCGUGGCGGGAGCUCUUCUUCGGCGGCAAGUUCAAGCCGCAGCUCACGUUCGCGCUGCUCAUCCCCUUCUUCCAGCAGCUCACCGGCAUCAACGUCAUCAUGUUCUACGCCCCCGUCCUCUUCAAGACCGUCGGCUUCCGCCAGGACGCCUCCCUCGUCUCCUCCGUCAUCACCGGCCUCGUCAACGUCUUCUCCACCUUCGUCGCCAUCAUGACCGCCGACAAGGUCGGCCGCCGAGCGCUCUUCCUCCAGGGCGGCACCCAAAUGAUCAUCUCCCAGAUCUUGGUGGGGACGUUCAUCGGGCUGCAGUUCGGGCUGAGCGGGACGGGGGCCAUGUCGGAGCAGUACGCCAUGUGCAUAGUGCUGUUCGUGUGCGUGUACGUGGCCGGGUUCGCGUGGUCGUGGGGGCCGAUGGGGUGGUUGAUCCCGAGCGAGGUGUACCCGCUGGCGGUGAGGUCGGCGGCGCAGAGCGUGACGGUGGCGGUGAACAUGUUCUUCACCGCCUUCAUCAGCCAGAUCUUCCUCACCCUCCUCUGCCACCUCCGCUUCGGCCUCUUCUACUUCUUCGGCGGCUGGGUGCUCCUCAUGACCAUCUUCAUCGCCACCCUCCUCCCGGAGACCAAGUGCGUGCCCGUCGAGGAGGUCUCCCUCGUCUGGCGGAAGCACUGGUUCUGGCGCAAGUUCGUCAUCGACGCCGGCGACACCCGCGGCGCCGAGAUGAGGAAGAGGAUAGCCCUAGAGAUGAGCUAGCUAUAGCUAA